AUGAUCGAUGGUACGACUGGCCAUGAAGGGUUGUCUUUUAAGGAUGGUUCGUCGGGAUACAACCAAAUACGCAUGUCGCCAAAAGACGAAGAGUUGACGGAAUUUCGCACUCCAAAGGGUAUAUACUGCUAUAAGGUGAUGCCAUUCGGCUUGAAUAACGCUAGAGCAACAUAUCAAAGGGCAAUGCAAAAGAUCUUUGAAGACAUACUCCAUAAGAACAUCGAGUGCUAUGUUGAAGAUGUGGUGAGGUAUGAAGGUUCAACAAUUGUACCUUCCUCGGGACUCAAAACAGAGAAAAAAAGGGGUUCAGUUUUGAUGAACGGCCUUUCGGCCAAAGAAACUCCCGGCUGCUGCUCGUGCGUGGAUGUUCGGCUGAGUAAACGGCCUGCUGUUAGGCGAGCAACGACCGACGGACACCCCGAACACUACUACUAG